CUAACAUCCACUGUCUCCAUUCCUUCGCCAGGACAGAAGGCUACAAUGACAUCAGGCAACAUGAGCAGCGAUGAAGAGAGGAGUAUGAGAGAGUGCGAGCAGUACGUGCAGAAACACAACAUCCAGCAGCUGCUGAAGGACUGCAUCGUCCAGCUGUGCACCUCGCGGCCAGACCGGCCAAUGGCUUUCCUCAAAGAGUACUUUGACAGACUGGAAAAGGAGGAGAGCAUGCAGAUGCUGCUGCAGCAGAAGGCCUCGGGCUCCCGCUCGGACUCCCGCUCGGAGGAGGUCCCCCCCAUGAACCCCGUGGUGCGGGGGCGCCGCCGCCGCGGGGCCAUCAGCGCCGAGGUGUACAACGAGGAGGACGCCGCCUCCUACGUCAGAAAGGUCAGCCCCCGCCGCCGCCGCGCCUCACCGCUGUCGGAAACGCACCAGACAUGAGCUGCGUGUCCUCGGAUGCGAUUGGUCAGGCCAGACCUUUGGUCGACUGACGGUCCAAUCAUGUAUGAUGUGUUUGUUGGUAUGUGCGGUUCAGUGAUGCCUCGUUUUGUGUGUCUCUUGCGUCGUUCAAACGCGUGAAGACGAUCUCUUGGCAUGUCAGGGUUUCCCGCAGCUGUCUGUAGGUUUGUCUCUACCAACAGAUUUUACUUUUCACAAUAUGACGACAAUGUCCUCGUCCGUUCAUGUCAGCCUCUGCAUUCAAUUUGACGGAAACUAUAGGCUGCUAUUUGC